GGCAGCCGGACGGCCUUCCGGAGCGCCGCCCCGGGCCGGAAGUCACCUCGCCUCAGCUUCCUCGCGCGAAAGCGUGGUGCGGGGCGGGCGGUCCCGCCCGGUGGGCGGUUGAGGGAACGGACCAGUCCCAGGGACCUUCCUUAAGGAGGCGAGGCCGCGGAGGGCGCGGGGGUGGAGGCCCGCGGCGCGAUGGCUCACGUCGGCUCUCGCAAGCGCUCGAGGAGUCGCAGCCGGUCCCGGGGGCGAGGGUCGGAAAAGAGAAGGAAGAAAAGCAGUAAGGACGCUACGAAGAGCUGCUCGGCUUCUAGAUCCCAAGGCCGCAAGGCCAGCACCACCACCUCCGGGGCGGAGGCCUCAUCUUCUCCCUGCAUCACAGAGAGAAGCAAGCACAAGGCCCGGAGGAGACCACGAUCCAGCUCUUCCUCCUCUUCUCCCAGCUCUUCCAGCUCGUCUUCCUCCUCCGCCUCCUCCUCUUCCUCCAGCGAUGGUCGGAAGAAGCGGGGGAAGCACAAAGACAAGAAGAAGAAAAAGAAGAAGAAGAAAAAGAAAAGGAAAAAGAAGCUGAAGAAGAAAGACAAGGAGAAGACGAAGGCGCAGCAGCCCGAGGCUCUGCCGGGACCUUCGCUGGACCAGUGGCACAGAUCAGCUGGGGAGGAGGAGGAUGGCCCAGUCCUGACAGACGAACAGAAGUCCCGCAUCCAAGCCAUGAAGCCCAUGACCAAGGAGGAGUGGGACGCCCGGCAGAGCGUCAUCCGCAAGGUCGUGGACCCGGAGACGGGGCGCACCAGGCUCAUUAAGGGAGACGGCGAGGUUUUAGAGGAAAUUGUGACCAAGGAACGACACAGGGAGAUCAACAAGCAAGCCACCCGAGGGGAUGGCCUGGCCUUCCAGAUGCGAGCAGGGCUGCCGCCCUGAGGGCCCCACUGGCCAAGGUCUGUGGAUAGUGUUGGCACAACAGGGUGGGCCGCCGGAAGCCUGGUGGGGGCUUUUUGCCUUUUCUCCUGGGGACCGGCCUCUGGCCUAGCCUCCUCUCAGAUGCAGGGUGGAGGGUGGGGCCACUGUCCUUGUCAGUCCCCCCACUUCCUGAAAGAGUGAAACUUCCCAGGUAUUAAAUGUUCCCUCAUUGGCGACACA